GGUUCCUAAACAGAGAAGUAUGGUUGGGUUCAAGCUUUGUUUUCUCUUGUUACUUGGUUUAGUGCAGGCUAGAUAUCAGUACGAUGAUCAAUUUAUAUUAUUCCAAGAGGAAAAUCCUGAAACCGAUAUUACUACUAUUCCUACAAUAACCCCCUCUCCUCCUCCUUCUACUACUACUACUACUACUACUACUACCACAACUGCAACAACUCCUACAACUUCAACUACUACAAAUGCGACGACAACUACUUCUACUACAACUAUAACAACUAUCUUCACUGCAACAACUCCUACAACUACAACUACUACAAAUAUGCCAACAACUACCAUUUCAACUACAUCUACAACUACUAUUCCAACAACAACUCCUUUUGAAAGCAACGGAUGUAAAUGUCGAUGGGUACCUAUGACCACUACCACCACUACGACAUCAACAACAACCACAACCACCACAACAACAACAACAACAACAACAACAACAACAACAACUACAACUACAACUACAACAAUUGUUGAAGAACCUAAACCUGAGUUUUUUCUAAAAGAUGCUGUAUCAUAUAAAGAAGAAGGUGGUGUAUCAUAUACAGAAGAAGAUGUUGAAUCAUAUACAGACAAUGAUGAAGAGUAUGAGUUAGUGUGUGACUGUACUUGGUUCAGGGCUCAGUUUGGAUACGGUAUCUUGGCAGGUCUUGGAGUUGCUCUUCUAGCCGCAGCCUUAAUUUACAUCUUUCCAUUUAUGAAGAUGUUUCUAAAAAGAAAACCGGCAUAGAGCACAAUUGACAGAAGCAUAGAUUCUUUUUGUUCUACUUCUCUAUAAUUAUAUUAUUCUAAGUAAUCUAAAAUCUAUAAUCUACACUGUUCUAAGAAACCUUUUGUUUGUAACAUUGAACCUACUGGCGUUUAUAUCAAUAAAAUACAGACGAAUUUUC